CCAGCAGGGAGGGAGUGCUGAGGAAGCAAAUGUAGCGAGGGUCUGGUCAAUGCCUUGCUCUAGCACCGGAAGAAGGGAAUCGCAAUCGAUUCGCUAUCGAUUCAGCUCUCGGUCAGUAGCUUGAUCUGGGAAUGGCGGCAGGGUUGGAGACUGAGAGGCAGGGCGAGGCAUACCUCUUACAUCUCUUUAGUUUGACAAGAAAAAGAAAGAAGAAAAAUAGAAGGCGGAAGAAGAAAAGAAGUAGCAGUGGGGAAAGGGAUCAAUAAAUUAAAUGGAUAUUAAUUAGGGGCAGGUGGGUGGUUGAUUUGAUUUUUAAUUUUUUCAAUUGCAGGGGAAAUGUGGGUGGAAGUAGAGAAAAUUUUUUGGUGGUGGGGUAUGGUCAAAUUUUGGGUGGGGAAAUGUCGUUUGGGGGACUGAAAAAAAAAAGUUUGAAAUUUUCGUUGGGGGAGAGGGAAUUUCAAGUUUUGGGCGGGCUGAAAAUUGGGGUCUAAAAAUUGGAAGGUAUUGAAAAGUGGACAGUUAAAAAUUGGGUGGGACUAAAAUUUGGGUGGGGGAAAGUCGGUCGGGCCGAUUGUUUUAAGUCUAACACGAGGUUUCAGUCUAAUACAAGCAAAUAUGACGAACAUGUCUUUUGUCAAAAACGAAACCACUAUAUUAUGACGAAAAUGUCUUUUGUGAAAUCCAAAAAUCACUAUAUUAUGACGAACAUGCCCUUUUGUCAGCUCGCUGUGGGAUUAUUGCUAUCUAUUGUGACAAAAUACUGUCAUUUAAACAAUUCAGGAAGGCAUAAUAUGACAAAAGCUACUAUGACGAUAUAAUUUGUCACUUUUGUGUCUCUUACAUCCCGAUAUGGGAUGCCUAUUUUGACAACUUAAUUGUGACACAGAAUAUUUGUCACAUUACUCACUUUAAAUGACGAACUAUUUUGACAAGAAGAAACUUCUCACUAUUGAGUAUCUUACAUCCCGAUAUGGGACGCCUAUUUUGACAAAAUUAAUUGCGACACUAAAUAUUUGUCACAUUACUCACGUUAAAUGACAACUUAUUCUGAUAAAAUUCUAUUUGUCACAUUAAGCAUACCAAAUAGGACAUAUAUUAUUUUUUUCAUAUCACAGUACUUAUUGUGACCAACAGAAAAUGACAAUAAAUUUUUUGUCCUAAUAGGCAGAAUUUGUUGUAGUGUAUAAAAGGAAGAUUAAUCUGUGAUAACAUUCUCAUGGCCUCUGAGUUAGUCAAAGACUAUAAUAAAACAUCUAUUGCUCCUAGACGUGUAGUCAAGAUUGACUUGAUGAAGGCGUUAGAUUCAGUUAAUUGGUCUUUCCUAUUUACUAUUAUGACUGCUAAGGGUAUUCCAGAUUGGUUUGUUCAAAGGGUUAGGGUGUGUGUGUCUUCUCCAAUGUUCAGUGUUUGUUUGAAUGGGGGGCUGUGUGGUUAUUUCCUAGGGGAGAAAGGCCUUAGAUAGGGUGAUCCUCUUUCACCAUACUUGUUUGUCAUAUCCAUGGAGGUCUUCUCUUGAUUAUUGGCUAAGGCAAAUUCAGUGGGGACUAUUCCAUAUCACCCCCGUUGCAAAAGUCUGGAUAUCUCUCAUUUAAUAUUUGCAGAUGACCUUCUUGUGUUUUCUGAUGGCUCAUUUGAGGCAGUUGAGGGGAUCAAGUGUUUGCUAGGGGAUUUCUAUUCUCUCUCGGGGUUGAAAUGUAAUGCAGAUAAGAGCCAGGUCUUCUUUUGGGGGAAUUCCAGCAGAGGAACAUAAGAUAAUUGCAGGUUCCACAGGAUUCCCACUUGGUACAUUCCCAGUUAGGUACUUGGGAAUGCCACUUAUGUCUGGAAAAUUGUCUAAGACUGAUUGCCAGGUAUUAGUGGAGAAGAUCACAACAAGGAUACGUGGAUGGAACUCCAAAUCCCUAAGCUAUGAUGGUCGUAUUCAACUAAUCUCUUCUGUUAUCUCAAGUGUUCUUCAGUAUUGGAUGAGUGUGUUCCUUCUUCCUCAGAGUGUGUUGAAGGGCUUUGAGGCUAUCUGUAACAUGUUUUUAUGGGGUGUGGUUAAUAAUGGUACACGAGCUAAGGCUUUGGUAGCAUGGGAAUAUGUUGUUGCACUAAAGGCAGAGAGGGUGGUCUUGGAGUGAAGGAUUUCAGAGUUUGGAAUCGUGCCUGUGUUAUAAGACACAUAUGGGAUAUCUUUGCUGGCAGUGGCUCUCUUUAGGUUGCCUGGAUCAGGAAGUAUAGACUCAGGUCCAAGUCUAUUUGGGAGGUUUCUCCCAACCUCUAUUGGUUUGUGGGUCUGGAAAUGCAUACUGAAGGCAAGGGAAGAAGCUCAAUAGUUUAUCACGGGUGCUGAUGUGACUCUGCGCUGGUUAGGACAGCCUAUGCCUAGGUUCUCUGUGAAGAAGGUUUGGCUUUCUAUCCGUGCUUCUAAACAUGAAGUUCCAUAGUCUAAGCUGAUUUGGGGUAAGUUUUUUAUUCCUAAACAUGGCUUGAUCUUAUGGCUCAUUAUGUUGGAUAGGCUCUACAUUCGUGAUAAACUUGCAGUAUGGGGGAAGACAGAAGACAUUGCAUGCAUACUCUGUCCAGGAGGGGUUGAAUCUCGAGAUCACCUAUUCACUUCUUGCUCAUAUACUGCCUAUGUUUUGCAGCAAAGUUUGAUUGACUUCCUUCCUCCUCUGUAUUCAAUACUUGGCAUGAUUCUAUGUUAUGGGCUGUAAGGUUCUGGGAUGGUUCUACUGUCAAACGAAAGCUUGGUAAGCUAGUAUGGAGUAUGAUGAUGUUAUAUAUGGAGAGAGAGAUGUCGAAGAUGUUAUGGCACUGGUUUGCAGCAUCCUUCCCAGUUAGUGACCCGGAUUCGAUCGGAGGCUGGUUUUUUUUUAUUUUUAUUAAUAGUAGGAUAGAUACGCAAAAUCUUUUGCCUAGUUUCCAAUAGUAUAGAAACUGUUUCUUUUGCAAGUUUUUAUCAGUUGAUGGUUUGUAAUCAGUAUACAUUGUAUCUUUGAGAGGAUCAUUAGUUACAAGGGUCCUAGCACUUAAUGCAUUUCUGAUUAACCAUAAAAAAAACAUUUUAAAAUU